AUGACAGUGAGUUCCCUAGCAUUCCGGCCAUCUGGAUGGGCCUGGUGGAACAAUACUGAACAGGUCGCAAAUCAGCAGUCUUACAGAGUACAGUCCGCUUUUGUGGUCUGCCUUUCUGCCUUCAUAUCUGGAUCAGGUUCAGAAGAGGGCAGACGUUAUCAUACUCUAGAAAACACGGCGACCGCAGGAUGCCACACUUCAACCAUGGUAACAACGGCUCGACGUCUGCCGCCAAGUCCUCCAGGUCCUCCUCCAGGUCCACCUCCGGGUUCGCCUCCAGGCCUUUCAGGUCUCCCUCCAGGUCCUCUAGGUCUUUCAGGUCGUCCUCCACGUCCGCCUCCAGGUAUUCCUCUAGGUCCUACUCCAGGUCCUCCUCCAGGUCUGCCGCCAAGUCCUCCAGGUCCGCCGUCAGGUCUUCCAGGUCCGCCGUCAAGUCCGCCUCCAGGUCCUCCUCCAGGUCCGCCUCCAGGUCCCCUCCAGGUCCCCCUCCAGGUCCCCCUCCAGCCAGCGGGCCCCCUCGCCCCCCUCGCGCACUUGGGCCGAAGAGCCGCCGUGAGGAUCCCCGACCCUCCGGCAGAGCAGACGAGAGCAGCCGAAGGACGGCCCCGCCUCGGCCGACGGACAACGUCGCCCUCGGACGCCGUCGACUUGCAGGGCCUCGGCCUCGGUGGCCCUCCGAGCGAGAGGCGGAAGGAGCGCCGAUGCCUCUCGAUGUCGCGGGAGUCGUUUCUCUGGAAAACGGAUCGCGAGUACAUGGAAAUAGAAAAUCUACAUCCAAUUUGUGACAGGACAUAA